AGGAAACUUCACGGUUCCGAAGCUGCUCCCGGAAUCCAACAUGGUGUUCGGAGUUCUAGGUGUGUUCUUGGGUCUACUCCUUGAGGUUUCCACACACGGACCCCACAGCGUUCCCCGGACCUCCUGGAAACACGAAGGUAUGGUAACAUAAUCAGCACUUUCCCUCACAGACACUCACACUGCAGCAGACCUGGGUAAAGUAUUCUCAAAUACUUGAGGACUAGAUUAAGUUUGCCCAGUACAAUAGAACCAAUGGACUGUAGAGAAAUGAUUUACCGGAGAGAUGGUGGUAGGUCAUUUUCUUCUAAAAUUCUCAUAAACAUUCACCCAGGGUUCACUAUUUUAAAGACAUUACAUCAGUCAACACAGUCUCCCUUGAGUCUCUGCCCAGCCUUUCAAGCUUCUUGAAGGGGGGAGGAAGUUCAGUAACUGUUUGUAUGCUGCUAUUGACAAAUAAUGGCUCCAGUAAUCAAAUCACAUUUUAUUUGUCACAUGCUUGGUAAACAACAAGUGUAGACUAACAGUGAAAUGCUUACUGACGGGUCCAUUUCUAACAAUGCAGGGUUAAAGAUAAAAAAAUUGAAAUGGUGAUAAAAGGAAUAAAUACACAGUGAAUAACAAUAACGAGUAAAAAAUAACACUGCUAUAUACAGGAAGUAGCAGGUAAUAACAUGGCUAUAUACAGGAAGUACCAGGUAAUAACAUGGCUAUAUACAGGGACUACCAGGUAAUAACAUGGCUAUAUACAGGAAGUAGCAGGUAAUAACAUGGCUAUAUACAGGGAGUACCAGGUAAUAACAUGGCUAUAUACAGGAAGUAGCAGGUAAUAACAUGGCUAUAUACAGGGAGUACCAGGUAAUAACGUGGCUAUAUACAGGGAGUUCCAGGUAAUAACGUGGCUAUAUACAGGAAGUAGCAUGUAAUAACAUGGCUAUAUACAGGGAGUACCAGGUAAUAACAUGGCUAUAUACAGGAAGUAGCAGGUAAUAACAUGGCUAUAUACAGGAAGUAGCAGGUAAUAACAUGGCUAUAUACAGGAAGUACCAGGUAAUAACAUGGCUAUAUACAGGGAGUACCAGGUAAUAACAUGGCUAUAUACAAGGAGUACCAGGUAAUAACAUGGCUAUAUACAGGGAGUACCAGGUAAUAACAUGGCUAUAUACAGGGAGUUCCAGGUAAUAACAUGGCUAUAUACAGGAAGUUCCAGGUAAUAACAUGGCUAUAUAGGUAGCUUAGUGGUAAAGAGCGUUGUGCCAGUAACCGAAAGGUCGCUGGUUCUAAUCCCCGAGCCAACUAGGUGAAAAAUCUGUCUGUGUGCCCUUGAGCAAGGCACUUAACCCUAAUUGCUCCUGUAAGUCGCUCUGGAUAAGAGCGUCUGCUAAAUGACUAAAAAUGUAAAUGUAAGUACCAGGUAAUAACAUGGCUAUAUACAGGGAGUUCCAGGUAAUAACGUGGCUAUAUACAGAGAGUACCAGGUAAUAACAUGGCUAUAUACAGGGAGUUCCAGGUAAUAACGUGGCUAUAUACAGGAAGUAGCAGGUAAUAACAUGGCUAUAUACAGGGAGUACCAGAUAAUAACAUGGCUAUAUACAGGGAGUACCAGGUAAUAACAUGAUUAUAUACAGGGAGUAACAGUACCGAGUCUAUGUGCAGGGGUACAACGUAAUUGAGGUGGCUAUGUACAUAUAGGUAGGGAUAAAGUGACUAGGCAACGGGAUAGAUAAUAGACAGCAGCAGUGUGUAUGUUGUGUUGAGGUGUGUUGUGUGUGGGUAGAGUCCAGUGUGUGUGCAUAAUUGGUGCAAGAGUUAGCGCAAAAAAGGGUCAAUGCAUGUAGCUAUUUAGCGGUCUUGUUUAGCAGUCUUAUGGCUUGGGGGUAGAAGCUGUUCAGCGUCCUGUUGGUUCCAGACUUGGUGCACUGGUCCAGGCUAUAGCUUGGGUGGCUGAAAUCUUUGACAAUUCUCUGGGCCUUCGUCUGACACCUGGAUGGCAGGAAGCUUGGCCCCGGUGAUGUACUGAGCCGUACGCAUUACCCUCUGUAGUGCCUGGCGGUCAGAUGCCGAGCAGUUGCCAUACCAGGCGGUGAUGCAACCAGUCAGGAUGCUCUCGACGGUGCAGCUGUAUAACUUUUUGAGGAUCUGAGGACCCAUGCCAAAUCUUUUCAGUCUCCUGAGGGGGAAUAGGCUUUGUCGUGCCCUCUUCAUGACCGUCUUGGUUUGUUUGGACCAUGAUAGUUUGUUGGUGAUGUGGACACCAAGGAACUUGAAGCACUCAACCUGCUCCACUACAGCCCCGUCGAUGAGAAUGGGGGCGUGCUCGGUCCUCCUUUUCCUGUAGUCCACAAUCAUCUCUUUUGUCUUGAUCACGUUGAGUGAGAGGUUGUUAUCCUGGCACCACACGGCCAGAUCUCUGACCACCUCCCUAUAGGCUGUCUCAUCGUUGUCUGUGAUCAGGCCUACCACUGUUGUGUAGUCGGCAAACUUAAUGAUGGUAUUGGAGUCGUGCUUGGCCAUACAGUCAUGGGUGAACAGGGAGUACAGGAGGGGGACUGAGCACGCACCCCUGAGGGGCCCCCGUGUUGAGGAUCAGCGUGGCAGAUGUGUUGUUAGCUACCCUUACCACCUGGGGGUGGCCCAUCAGGACCUUAGUGUUCUUGGACACAGGGACUAUGGUGGUCUGCUUGAAACAUGUUGGUAUUAUAGACUCCGUCAGGGACAGGUUGAAAAUGUCAGUGAAGACAUUGCACUCUGCAGCUCGCGGCUGUGCUUCCCUUUGUAGUCCGUAAUAGUUUGCAAGCCCUGCCACAUCCGACGAGCGUCGGAGCCGGUGUAGUACGAUUCAAUCUUAGUCCUGUAUUGACGAUUUGCCUGUUUGAUGGUUCAUCGGAGGGCAUAGCGGAAUUUCUUAUAAGCAUCCGGGUUAGAGACCUGCUCCUUGAAAGCGGCAGCUCUACCCUUUAGCUCAGUGCGGAUGUUGCCUGUAAUCCAUGGCUUCUUGUUGGGGUAUGUACGUACGGUCACUGUGGGGACGACGUCAUCGUUGCACUUAUUGAUGAAGCCAGUGACUGAUGAGGUGUACUCCUCAAUGCCGUGGGAAGAAUCCCGGAAUUUAUUCCAAUCUGUGCUAGCAUAACAGUCCUGUAGCAUAGCAUCAGCGUCAUCUGACCACUUCUGUAUUGAGCGAGUAACUGGUACUUCCUGCUUUAGUUUUUGCUUGUAAACAAGAAUCAGGAGGAUAUAAUUAUGGUCAGAUUUGCCAAAUGGAGGGCGAGGGAGAGCUUUGUACACGUCUCUGUGUGUGGAGUAAAGGUGGUCUAGAGUUUUAUUUUCCCUCAGCUUGCACAUUUAACAUGCUGGUAGAAAUUAGGUAAAACGGAUUUAAGUUUGCCUGCAUUAAAGUCCCUGGCCACUAGGAGCGCUGCCUCUGGAUGAGCAUUUUCUUGUUUGCUUAUGGCCUUAUAUAGCUCAUGGGCCCUUCCGCAUCUGAGAGUUUUUACCCGGCAUGCAUCUGGAAACCUGUGCCCUCUCACACCUGAUGCUGGCGCUGCCAGACACUCAACCUAAUGCAAACUACUGCCAUCUCCACCAUCAAUCACCACACACACACACACACACAAAGCAUUCUGAGGAGCCAUAACGAUAGACACUCGGACAGAUGCACCAAGGAGACUGGUUUAUAACCCCUCUAUAACUUAUUUUAUAACCCCUAAACAGAUCUAGACUGGACUGGCCCGGUAUUAUGUCUAAGAGGAACACUAUAUGCCUAUCUAUCCCUCACUGUUGAAAUUGUAGAUAAGCAAUAAGGAAAUAAUUAGUUGCUUUUCUUCAGUAACUAUGUGAAAUUGCUUGACUUUACUUUUGACCUAGAUUCAAUCAUGGGUGUUGGCAUUGGACAAUGUUUAAAAUCUGUGUGUCUUGUUUAUCAACAGAGCUCAAUUUGGUGGAGUUUUCUGAGCCAGGAAUCUUCAACUAUUCCACUCUGUUGUUGAGUGAGGAUAAGGAUGUGCUGUACGUUGGAGCAAGGGAGGCCAUCUUUGAACUCAGCAUGACCAAUGUGUCAAUCAAGAACAACAAGGUACAGAAAGGUUUUAUCAUUUCAAAAGGUCUCAACUUGAAAGUUUGUCUUUGAAAAUGUUUCUAUUUAAAUGGCCUCCCUGCAGGUUCAAUGGAAGGCCUCUGAAAACCACAUGACGAUGUGCAUCUUAAAAGGAAAAUCUAAAGAGGUACGUCUGCUAUUCCAUCAAAUGACUGACUUCUUAUCCGUGUGAAAGGAAGCCAUGUCUUGGCUCUCCGGUAUCUCGAUUUGUUUCGUUCUGUUAUCUCUCUCAGCCAGGUGUAAAUGUGUCUCCGUGAUGUGUUUUACAGACAGACUGUCUAAACUACAUCCGGGUGUUACAAGUGUUUGACGACAACCGACUGUAUGUCUGUGGGACACAUGCUUUUCAGCCUGUCUGUUACUACCUGGUAAGUGGAUUACGUUUACAAUUUAGUCAUUUAGCAGACACUCUUAUCCAGAGCGACUGACAGGAGCAAUUCCUUUGCUCUAGGGCGCAUCGACAUAUAUUUUUUUCACCUGGUCAAUUCAGGGAUUCAAACCAGCGACCUUUCGGUUACUGGCCCAACGCUCUUAACCGCUAGGCUACCUGCCGCCCCUGGAUCACUCUGGAGACAGCCACCUCUUUAUAGAUUUAUUUUAUUAUAUCUUUAUUUUAUUUCAAGUUACAGGUAGAAAUGAAAGGAAUUGAAUCAAUGUAGUGUCUUUAUUGUCCACACCAUGUUGAAAUUCAACUUUGUCUUCACAGUAAGUAGUAAUCAUUGUGUAAUAAUCAUAUUUGUGCUCUCAUCAGUCCCUAAAGGAUUUCAGUCUGGAGGGUUCAGCGGAGGACGGGAGAGGGAAGUGUUCCUUUGACCCAUCUCAGAGCUUCACUACGGUCAUGGUUGGUAAGUAGACCCAGAUUUAAUCAAUAGUAGACACAGAUUUAAUCAAUAGUAGACCCAGAUUUCAUCAAUAGCUUUUUUGGUACACAGCCCUAAACACAUAAUUAUCCUGAUUUUAUAAUAUUUUGAGGCAUUUAGGCCCGAAAAAACAACCAAACCUGGUUUAGAGAAAAACAAGUCAGAGCUUUAUUAUAGCUACAUCUUAUUUGUGUUUUCUUCUGUCUUUUUAGAUGGAGAACUUUACUCUGGAACCUCAUAUAACUUCUUAGGAAGUGAGCCGAUCAUCUACAGAUAUUCUCUUUCACAGAGUCUGCGGACAGAGUAUUCAACAUCUUGGCUGAACGGUAAAGGCUGUGAUACUUGCUCCUCUCCAUAUAAGGAAUUUGUUGCCCCUACCCCACAUUUCCCAGGAAUAUUCUUAUCAUGUUACUGAAUGUAUCCAGAGUGUUUUCAGAUUUUGUUAUCAACAAAUGCGGCUAUAAGUAGAGUAAAGGCAAAAUCAACAGUGUAAUGUUUUGGAUUCAGUCUGGUGUCAGGUGAACUGUUGUCCUCAAUUUUAGUCAAAUAACUUUCCCAUAAUCUCCAAACUAUUCCCUUUCAAUUGCUACCAUGGUUAUGCACAUGCUCUUCAUAUUUCUUCUGUAAGACAUGUCUAUUUAGCCCUUUCCAUAUAGGCCAAUUCCCACGAGUGUAAAGGGUUAAGGAGCUUACAUCCAAGAUCCUCUAAAAAAGUAACAGCUGAUCCACCUUCAGGUUUUCCUCACUCUGUUCAAUAUACAGAGAAACCAUUUAUUUACCACUGACCCAUCCAAUAUCUCUCUCGACCCCACAGAACCCAGUUUUGUUUUUGCUGAUGUCAUCAGAGAGGGGAAGAACAGUGCAGAUGGCGAGGAUGAUAAGAUCUACUACUUCUUUACUGAGGUGUCUGUGGAGUACGAGUUCUUUGGCAAGCUGCUCAUCCCCAGGAUAGCACGCGUCUGUAAGGUUAGGACACGUCAGCGGAGUAGCUAACCAUCUGCCACUGGCACCGCUAUGGUGUUCUCUCCCUCCCCCUCUCUCUCUCUCUCUCUCUCUCUGUCUCUGUCUCUGUCUCUCUCUCUUCUCCCUUCUCUCUCUUCUCCCUUCUCUCUCUUGCUGUCUUUCUUCAAACCACAGUACCGUUUUUUCCCCUGUGUCCUGUUUCAACUGGUUGAAGGUUGUGGGUUCAAUUCCUGCAGGGAUCAAUUAUACAUACAAAAAAUGUUUGGAUGAAAGUGUCUGCUAAGUGUCAUAUGUUGUUUUAUUAUUAUAUAUGAAUGUGCCUCAUCUCUCUGCAGGGUGAUCUGGGAGGCCAGCGGACACUACAGAAGAAAUGGACCAGUUUCCUGAAGGCCAAGCUGGUGUGUUCCAUGCCAGAGCUCAACUUUGUGUUCAACUGUGGUUCAUGACGUGUUCAUACUGAAGACUCCUGACUGGAGAGAGACGGUCAUCUACGGAGUGUUCACAUCCCAGUGGUGAGUUAGCAUCUUCUGUCAGGACACUGUAAUAACUUUAGUAACACCAUUUUAUUAACGUGUUAGUGUCUUCAGAAAGUAUUCAUGCCCCUUGACUUAUUCCACAUUUUGUUGUGUUACAGCCUGACUUUAAAAUGUAUUUAAAAAAAUAUCUCACCCAUCUACACACAAUACCCCAUAACGAUGAAAUGAAAACAUGUUUUUAUAAUUUUUGGAUAAUUUAUUGAAAAUGAAAUACCGAAAUAUCUAAUUUACAUAAGUAUUCAAACCCCUGAGUCAAUACUUUGUAGAAGCACAUUUGGCAGCAAUUACAGCUGUGAGUCUUUCUGGGUGAGUCUUUAACAGCUUUCCACACCUGGAUUGUGCAACAUUUGCCCAUUAUUCUUCAAGCUCUGUCAAAUUGGUUGUUGAUCAUUGCUAGACAACCAUGUUCAGGUCUUGCUAUUAGAUUUUCAAGUAGAUUUAAGUGAAAACUAACUCAGCGACCCAAGAACAUUCACUGUCUUCUUGGUAAGCAACUCCAGUGUAGAUUUGGCCUUGUGUUUUAGGAUAUUGUCCUGCUGGAAUGUGAAUUAAUCUUCCAGUGUCUGGUGGAAAGCAGACUGAACAAGGUUUUCCACUAGUUUUCCUAAGCUCGUAUUACGAGGAUGGGAUCCACCCAAAUCAUUUGGGUUCCUGGAUCCUUUCACAGCAUUAUAAGGCUGCGUUGAGACAAUGACUUAUCAAUGACCCAAGUCCAGCUCAUUUAAUCCCUACCAUUGUGUCGCUGAGUUGUCAUAAUGAUUCAGCAAAUGUACAUAAUAAUAAUAUGCCAUUUAGCAGACGCUUUUAUCCAAAGCGACUUACAGUCAUGCGUGCAUACAUUUUUAUGGGUGGUCCCGGGGAUCGAACCCACUACCUUGGCGUUACAAGCGCCGUGCUCUACCAGCUGAGCUACAGAGGACCACUACAUUAUCCUAGGGGCGUUGGAAGACACAAUGUAAAUAACCUAAUUUAUGUCCCUCCUACUGCCCGGAAUGCCUCUGCUGAUCCUACAGCUAUUGUAUGCAGUAAUCAUAUGCCUAUGAACCAGAGUAAUACUGUUAGCACUGAGGUGGUGUGCCCUAUGAGGAAGUCCACUGUGUGCAGCUCACCCUGCACUAAUAAAAAUAACUUGAGUAUGUCUACCUCUGCUAAGCUUCCCAGUAAAGCAGGAAAAAAGCAUCCCAGAAAAGUGUUAAAAAUAGCCCAAGUUAACAUAUGUAGCUUAAGAAACAAGGUUCAUGAAAUCAAUAAUUUGCUAGUAACAGAUGACAUUCAUAUUCUGACAAUCUCUGAAACUCACUUAGAUAAUACCUUUGAUGAUACAGUGGUAGCAAUACAAGGUUAUAACAUUUACAGAAAAUACAGAAAUGCCAAUGGGGGCGGUGUUGUGGUCUAUAUUCAGAACCACAUUCCUGAAAAGCUUAGGGAGGAUCUCAUGUUAAAUACUGUUGAAGUAAUACGGCUACAGGUUCACCUGCCUCACCUAAAGCCCAUUCUGGUGGGAAGCUGCUAUAGACCACCAAGUGCGAACAGUCAGUAUCUGGAUAACGUGUGAAAUGCUUGAUAAUAUAUGUGAUAUCAAUAGAGAGGUAUACUUUCUGGGUGAUUUAAAUAUUGACUGGCUGUCAUCAGGAUGCCCACUCAAGAGAAAGCUUAAAACUGUAACCAGUGCCUGCAACCUGGUUCAGAUUAUCAGUCAACCUACCAGGGUAGUUACAAACAGUACAGGAAUGAAAUCAUCAACAUGUAUUGAUCAUAUCUUUACUAAUGCUGCAGAAAUUUGUUUGAAAGCAGUAUCCAAAUCCAUCGGAUGUAGUGAUCACAAUAUAAUAGCCAUAUCUAGGAAAACUGAAGUUCCAAAGGCUGGGCCUAAUAUUGUGUAUAAGAGGUCAUACAAUAAGUUCUGUAGUGAUUCCUAUGUUGUUGAUGUGAAUAAUAUUUGUUGGUCUGUGGUGUGUAAUGACGAGCAACCAGAAGCUGCACUUCACACAUUUAUGAAAUUGCUUAUCCCAAUUACUAAUAAGCAUGCACCCAUUUAAGAAAAUGACUGUAAAAACUGUUAAAUCCCGUGGAUUGAUGAGGAAUUGAAAAAUUGUAUGGUUGAGAGGGAUGAGGCAAAAUGGAUGGCAAAUAGGUCUGGCUGUACAACCGACUGGCAAACGUACUGCAAAUUGAGAAAUCAUGUGACUAAACUGAAUAAAAAGAAGAAGAAACAAAGAUAAAUGACAUAAAGAAUAAUAGUAAAAAGCUUUGGAGCACCUUAAAUGAAAUUUUGGGCAAAAAGGCAAACUCCGCUCCAUCAUUCAUUGAAUCAGAUGGCUCAUUCAUCACAAAACCCACUGAUAUUGCCAACUACUUUAAUGAUUUUUUCAUUGGCAAGGUUAGCGAACUUAGGCAUGACAUGCCAGCAACAAACGCUGACACUACACAUCCAAGUAUAUCUCACCAAAUUAUGAAAGACAAGCAUUGUAAUUUUGCAUUGGCAUGUUGAAUAAACCAAGCUGUCUGUUUGAACUACUGGCAUACAGCUAGGACACCCAUGCAUACCCCACCACACAUGCAUACCCCACCACACAUGCAUACCCCACCACCCAUGCAUACCCCACCACCCAUGCAUAACCCACCACCCAUGCAUACCCCACCACACAUGCAUACCCCACCACACAUGCAGAGAUCAUCCGUUCACCUACUCUGCGUCUCACAAUGACAUAGCCGUUGGAACCAAAAUUCUCAAAUUUGGACUCAACAGACCAAAGGACAGAUGUCCACCGGUCUAAUGUCCAUUGCUCAUGUUUCUUGGCCCAAGCAAGUCUCUUCUUAUUAUUGGUGUCCUUUAGUAGUGGUUUCUUUGCAGCAAAUCGACCAUGAAGGCCUGAUUCACGCAGUCUCCUCUGAACAGUUGAUGUUGAGCUGUGUCUAUAACUUGAACUCUGUGAAGCAUUUAUUUGGGCUGCAGUUUCUGAGGUGCAGUUAACUCUAAUGAACUUAUCCUCUGCAGCAGAGGUAACUCUGGGUCUUCCUUUCCUGUGGCGGUCCUCAUGAGAACCAGUUUCAUCAUAGCGCUUGAUGGUUUUUGCGACUGCACUUGAAGAAACGUUCAAAGUUCUUGACAUUUUCCGGAUUGACUGACCUUCAUGUCUUAAAGUAAUGAUGGACUGUCAUUUCUCUUUGCUUAUUUGAGCUGUUCUUGCCAAAAUAUGGACUUGGUCUUUUACCAAAUAGGGCCAUCUUCUGUAUACCACUCCUACCUUGUCACAACACAACUGAUUGGCUCAAACGCAUGAUGGAAAGAAAUUCCACAAAUUAACUUUUAACAAGGCACACCUGUUAAUUGAAAUACAUUCCAGGUGACUACCUCAUGAAGCUGGUUGAGAGAAUGCCAAGUGUGUGCAAAGCUGUCAUCAAGGCAAAGGGUGGCUGCUUUGAAGAGUCUCAAAUCUAAAAAUAUAUUUUGAUUUGUUUAACACUUUUUUUGGUUACUACAUGAUUCCAUAUGUGUUAUUUCAUAGUUUUGAUGUCUUCACUAUUAUUCUACAAUGUAUAAAAUAGUAAAAAUAAAGAAAAACACUGGAAUGAGUAGGUCUGUCCACAUUUUUUGACUGGUAGUGUAUAUGGAUGAUAAGGAUGACUCAUGGGCGGCGCACAAUUGGCCCAGCGUCGUCCAGGGUAGGGGAGGGAAUGGCCGGCAGGGAUGUAGCUCAGUUGAUAGAGCAUGGUGUUUGCAACGCCAGGGUUGUGGGUUCGAUUCCCACGGGGGGCCAGUAUAAAAAAAUAUAUAUAUGUAUUCACUAACUGUAAGUCGCUCUGGAUAAGAGCGUCUGCUAAAUGACUAAAAUGUAAAUGUAAAAUGUAUAAAUCCAGGCACAUUUAACGGUUAGGCUAUUGAUUAUAGACCUAAUUAAGUUGGGGUUUCCGAUCUUCUCACUUUUCUUAGACAAUUAAGGCCAAGGGCUGUUUUCUCGUCUCCUAACUCCACCGCAUUGUUCUCAACACCAAUAUGCUGGUUAACUUUGCUAUUAUGCACAUAGCAACACGGUCUAGGAAUAGGCGCCAAUUCAACAGCGCGCUGAUGUUUCAGAACCGCGGACAGCGACCGCUAUCAAACGCAGGAGAAAGCGCAUUUGUUAUAAAAUAAUAAAACAUGUAUUAGUGUUGCACCAUUGUCCUUAACCAAAUACAAUUGCAGCAGCACAUGUCUUAGAGUGAUGGACUGUGCCAUCCCCACGGCCUCCACAAUGGAUCAGUCCACUCAGACAGGAGCCAAUCAGACAGGUGUCUUGUACACCAUGCAUUAUUUUUUUUGCUACUGCUCGACUAAAGAAAUCUUGAUCGACCAAACACUCGACCAGUCGACUAAAUGGGGUCACCCCUAGGAAGGACGCCUGUAUCUUUGUAGUGACUGGGUGUAUUGAUACACCAUCCAAAGUGUAAUUAACAACUUCACCAUGCUGAAAGGGAUAUUCAAUGUCUGCUUUUUUUAUUUUGACCCAUCUACCAAUAGCUGCCCUUCUUUGCGAGGCAUUGGAAAACUUCCCUGGUCUUUGUGGUUGAAUCUGUGUUUAAAAUUCACUGCUUGACUAAGGGGCCUUACAGAUAAUUGUAUAUGUGGGGUACAGAGAUGAGGUAGUCAUUCAAAUCAUGUUAAACACUAUUGCACACAUAGUGAGACCAUGUAACUUAUGUGAGUUGUUAAGCAAAUGUUCACUCCUGAUCUUAUUUAGGCUCGUCAUAACAAAGGGGUUGAAUACUUAUUGACUAAAGACAUUUUUUUUUAUUCAUUUGUAAAAACAAAAAUAUAUAUAUACAUUCCACCAACAUUAUGGGGUAUUGUGUGUAGGCCAGUGACAAACAAUCAACAUUUAAUCAAUUUUUACAUUCAGGCUGUAACACAAAAUGUGGAAAAGGUCUAGGGGUGUGAAUCAAUCAAUCAAUCAAAUCCGCAGAUGUCACAAAUUGCUAUACAGAAACCCAGCCUAAAACCCCAAACAGCAAGCAAUGCAGAUGUAGAAGCACGGUGGCUAGGAAAAACUCCCUAGAAAGGCAGAAACCUAGGAAGAAACCCAGAGAGUAACCAGGCUCUGAGGGGUGGCCAGUCCCCUUCUGGCUGUGCGUGGUGGAGAUUAUAACAGUACAUGGCCAUUGAAGGCCAGAAUUUUCUCCAAGAUGUUCAAACAUUCAUAGGUGACCAGCAGGGUCAAAUAAUAAUCACAGUGGUUGUAGAGGUUGCAACAGGUCAGUACAUCAGGAGUAAAUGUCACUUGGCUUUUCAUAGCCGGGCAUUUAGAGGUUGAAAUAGCAGGUGCGGUAGAGAGAGAGAGAGUUGAAAACAGCAGGUCUGGGACAAGGUAGCACGUCUUGUGAACAGGUCAGGGUUCCAUAGCCGCAGGCAGAAGAGUUGAAACUGUAGCAGCAGCACGACCAGGUGGACUGGGGACAGCAGGAGUCAUCAGGCCAGGUAGUCCUGAGGCAUGGUCCUAGGGCUCAGGUACUUCCGGGAGGGAGAGAGAGAGAGAAUUUGAGGGAGCAUACUUAAAUUCACACAGGACACCAGUUAAGACAGGAGAAUAACACUUUCUGAAUACUUUCAGAAGGCACUGUAAUUUUACAAUGGUGUUACUAGUGAAAUGACAGUAACUGCACAGGUAUAGGAGCAACCACAUCUCAUCAUGGAAGCGGUGACACCCACCUGUGGAAGGGUCUUUGUGACCUCGUUGGCUUCGUCUUUCUUCUCCAGGGGAAAUGUAGGCCUGUCUGCAGUGUGUGCCUACGACAUGUUGUCAGUUGAAAAGGUGUUCUCCAAUGGGAAGUACAUGCAGAAAGCCACAGUGGAACAGUCUCACACCAAGUGGGUGAGGUACAACGGAAACACCCCCACCCCUCGCCCAGGAGCUGUAAGUGUUGCUUGCUGAAAUCACCUCCUAAACAUAACUACGAAAUUUACAUUUUAAACAUGUUUCCCCACUGUUUUCCAUUGACCCUAAUUUUUUGGGGGGGGAUUGAAUUGUGUAAUAUUUGGAUUGGGUUAGACCAUUCAUAGCAUCACCCCCCUCUCACUCUUAUCCAUCUGUAGUGUAUCAACAACCACAACCGUCUCCAGAACAUCAACAGCUCUCUCCACCUGCCUGAUAAGACACUACAAUUUGUAAAAGACCAUCCCCUACUGGAAGACCCCGUCCUUCCCAUCGGCAACGGGCCCAAACUCAUCACCAAGGACGUCAACUACACCCAGAUCGCUGUGGAGAGGGUGCAGGCGCUGGACAACAACGUAUAUGACGUCAUAUUCACCGGGACCGGUAGGCGCGAACGGGUCUCGGGGGGGGGGCUGGCUGAGGUUCAGAGGAUAGUGUUGUGUGGAGUUGGUGUUAAUUCCAUUUCAGUUCAGUUAAUUACUAUUUUCCUCGUUGUUGUGAAAAGUGCUUCUUUGGUGGGACUAUUAUUACGAUCAACUCUCAGCUCCUGAUUAAGGGACAUCUUUCAGUCGUUGAUAUGGCGGUAACAUGUUUCCCCCUCUAACCCUUUAGAUAAAGGAAUCCUGCACAAAUCAGUGGUGUAUGAAGGAGAGGUCCAUACAGUAGAAGAGAUUCAGCUUCUCCACAACUCUGAGCCUAUCAAGACCUUGCUUCUGUCAUCACAAGGGGUAAGUCACAGUGAAAUAUGGAAGGAGACUCUCAUAUCUCUCACGGAAAUCGAGUUCUCAUCUACUGUGAUGACAAUAACACUAAAACAAUACAGCUGAGGAAGACGUCGAAACGUCAGUCACCUGUUCGCAUCCUGUACAAUGGAUUAAAGUGAGCAAAAAUAAAUAAAUCUGUCUUUUUUUGUUAACUGCUCCAACUCCUUUUUUUUAAAUCUCAAAUUAGUCCUUUUCUACGUUUUUCUUGGUAAGCCAUUCCCAAUAAAACUAAGCUAUUGAAUACACAAGACGGUAAUUGGUGCGUAUCAGACGUGGCUUUUCUCUGCAUCUUCACUAUUACCAUAUUAUCAUUACACUUCGCUUUUAUCAGUAGCAUUUCAUUCUUAUUAUUCAAGUUAUUACCUCUAAAUAUUAGUCUGGUAUACAAACUAAGAAAUGUGAGAUUGGAAUUCCGAAAGAACACAGAUUCAGGUUUUGACGCACUAAACAUAAAUCAAUAAAUAAAUAAUACAUCAGUCCGAUUUAUGUUUUUGCCCCCACUUUUUCUAACAAUUCACAUAACGUCACCAAAGCUGCUGCGGUCAUUCUCUGUGACAACAUGUUGUUCAAAGUUUCUAAAGAGGACGCAGUACUGAGAGAAAUCAUAUAUUACUGGAAAAAUAAUAUGCUACUGACAAUAUUAGGUUAUAGGCUAUGCAUUCUAUAGGAUGAAUCGUGAAAGGACCUUGGCUAUGUUUAAUUCAGUUGCACCUCGAGGAAACGCAAAACUGGCACCUGUUGUCAUUGUGUUGUGUGACAAAAUUGCACAUUUCUGGUGGCCUUUUAUUGUCCCCAGCACAAGGUGCACCUGUGUAAUGAUCAUGCUGUUUAAUCAGCUUCUUGAUAUGCCACACCUGUCAGGUGGAUGGAUUAUCUUGGCAAAGGAUAAAUGCUCACUAACAGGGAUGUAAACACAUUUGUGCACAAUUUGAGAGAAAUAAGAUUUUUGUGCCUAUGGAACAUUUCUGGGAUCUUUUAUUUCAGCUCAUGAAACAUGUUGCGUUUUAUAUUUUUGUUCAGUGUAUAUAGUUUAAAACUAAUAGGCCUAGGCCUAUUCGAGGAGAGAAGCAUCGAUCAAUCCUCUUGCUUGCUGAAUGGCUGUAGUAUAGGCUAUAAAUACUCCCGCUAUUAGGUAAAGUUUAUCUACAUGAAAAUAAAGUGAAUUAUAAAAAAAUAUACCCCAAAAUGAAUGUAGGCCUAUUUAAAUGUCUUUGAGGGUUAUUUUAUUUUCAUGGCGGUUUUCAUCCAUAACCGUCAGUUACACGGUAUUCAGUUACCAUCACAGACUUAUGUGCCUGGUUGUGUUCACAGACGAGGUCCCUGUAUGCUGGCUCUGACUCGGGCGUGGUGCAGUCUCCUACUGCGUUCUGUGACAAGUACCCAUCCUGUUCAGACUGUAUCUUGACCCGGGACCCUUACUGUGCCUGGGACCCAGACUCCUCCACCUGUGUCAACAUCUUCCACACCCAGGGCCUCACACACCGGUAACACUCCUUUCAUUAUGGCAUUAGGAUUAUCAGCACAAUGCAAAACCUACAUGUUUUUACUGCCUCAGAGUAACCCAGUCCAUCCUGUUUCUCCGACUACAAGCCUGGAAGUGUCAACCCUUGUCUACUUUGUGAUGUAUGUUUACUUAAUGUCUGUUGUGUUUGUUUUUCAGGAACUUGAUCCAGAGCCUUAACGGUGAUGCAGACAAGUGUCCCUCAGGUAUGUAGCUCUGCGUCUUAACGUGACCAAAGUCUCUGCAUACUGACUAGCUAUUGGCAGACCCAGGAUGCAGUGCUAACAGUGAACAAAUACACUCAUUUAGGAAUGUCUUUAUAUCGCUUUAGUUCAAGUUUAAUUGCCAUAUAAACAUCUUACUCACCAGAGCUUUUGUCAUUAAACACAGCAUUAAAAAACAGCAAGAAAGUUCAGGAAAGAUAUAGUAACACCCACCCCUCUCUUCAGAGAGUAAACUCCUCCUCCUCCUCCUCCUCACAGCGCCAGGUCUCUCUGUGGAAGACUACCAACGUGUGACAGUUAAACCAGGGAGCUCAGCUGAGCUGCCAUGCCUGGUUCAGUCCAACCUGGCCAUGGUGGUCUGGAAGGUGAACGGCAGCACCAUGACCGAGGCCUCCAAGUUCCACCUGAUGGGUGAGACAGGUCUGCUCAUUUACAGCGUGGCCCCAGAGGACCAGGGCCUGUACGAGUGCUGGUCACUGGAGUGGGCCCCUGUUGCAGGGAAGAACUUCAGCCGCCUCCUGGGUGGGUAUGUCCUAGGCCUGGAUGUCCCCAGGAGGCCUUCACCGCGAGGCCACCCCCCUCAGACAGUCACCCUCAGCUCCGCUCACCCCCACCACCAGUCCACCGCUGCCGCUGAAGGUAAUAACGGUAACACCGUGAGACCCCUCCCACUAACUUCAGCCCCUCCCAGCUCCACCGCCCUCACCUCACCACCACCCACUCACAGCGCCUCGUCAUCACUAACCACGCCCCCCAGCAGCAGCACCGCCAGGCUUCAGCCCAAGCUCCUUCCCCCCAGCUCCAGCGGCGCCGAUGAGACCCGGGACCCUGCGACAGAGUACCUCCAACACGACAGCAGCAGCACUUUCCUCUUCCUCUUCCUCCUCUUCUUCCUCCUCUUCUUGGCUGCCUUGGUCUACAACUGUUACAUGCAGUACCUACCAGGGCCGUGUCUUCGUCUGCGUGCGGCUCUGUUGGGAAGCCAGAAGAAGCCCCAGCCUGAGUAUUUAGCCUGCGAGGCCGGCCUCAUGGAGCCUGUCACGGUAGAGAAGCUGGACGUAAAGGAUCAGAUCCACCUGAAUCAGAACGGGGCACAGCUCCGAGCCCUGAGAGACACCGGCUACGAGACCGAGCCAGAGUGUAGCAACGGCAGGAUCCCCUGUCGCAGCUACGGGGGGGAAGACAGUCCUUCUAAAGAGAAGCCCUUUGACGUAGGACUGUGACUCACAGCCCAUUGAAUAUGCAGACGCGGAUCUAGACGUGUCACCGUACUGAAAGAUACACAUCCCAGCUUCUCUCUUUACUAGUGAAUAUUAAGGCUUGUUAUUUAUAGGGGUACUCUCCCUCGUUGUCUCUCUCUACAUAGUGGGCCUAUAUAUACAAACCUGUGUGUUAUACAUGGGUAAACGUAAGCUCAGUGGCCACCUCUCUUUCAGAAGGACAGACAGAGGCAGAUUACUUCAGUUAUUAGGAGGUCAAGUCACACAUCCCGCUUGCCUUCAGAGAUUCUCUUACUCACUCUACAUACCCCAAGAUCAAUACAAUCUAGGACCUACUAACUAAAUAUUAAAAUCAUAGCCUAAUCUCUGUGCAAACCUGUAACCCUCUCUCUCUGCAUUUUCCAGCAAGAAACGCUGAUUUUUAUUCCAAAUUGGAAACAUUGUUUACCAAAUUGGUAAGUUAACUUGAUGUUUUCCAAAUUGGAGCCUUUUAGUUAUUUUUUUUAUACAAUGCGGGGAAAACUCUUCUAACGCUUGUUUAUUUUUUUCUGAAUGUUCAGUGAAUAAGGCUAUUUGAUAUAGUAGGUCAGCUGCUUUCCCUCCCAACCUCUAGUACGUUCUCCUAUAGAACCUCUAGUACGUUCUCCUAUAGAACCUCUAGUACGUUCUCCUAUAGAACCUCUAGUACGAUCUCCCAUAGAACCUCUAGUACGAUCUCCCAUAGAACCUCUAGUACGUUCUCCUAUAGAACCUCUAGUACGUUCUCCUAUAGAACCUCUAGUACGAUCUCCCAUAGAACCUCUAGUACGAUCUCCCAUAGAACCUCUAGUACGAUCUCCCAUAGAACCUCUAGUACGAUCUCCUCUAGAACCUCUAGUACGAUCUCCCAUUGAACCUCUAGUACGAUCUCCUCUAGAACCUCUAGUACGAUCUCCUCUAGAACCUCUAGUACGAUCUCCUCUAGAACCUCUAGUACGAUCUCCCAUAGAACCUCUAGUACGAUCUCCCAUAGAACCUCUAGUACGAUCUCCCAUAGAACCUCUAGUACGAUCUGUAAAUUCUCAGGGACGGUUCGUUAGUUCGCUCUAAGCCUUGUUCACUACAAUGGGAGGGUGGUGGUUAGAAAAAGGUAUGUGAUAAACAGAUAAAACCACUGGUGGCCAGUGACUGACUGAAGGAAGAGGUGUGGUACGACUGUGGUAUGAGAUCUAUAGAUAUUUAUACAACGGGUGGGUGUAAUCCUGGACGCUGAUUGGUUAAAACCGCAUUCCAACCGGUGUCUAUUCCACAAGUUACCACUGGCUAAAUCUAUGACGUUGAAAUGCCUAUUUACUCUGUUCCAUCUGACUGCGCAAGCCACUGUCUCAUCAGCCCAGCCAGACAAUUCAUAAACUUGAUCUCCACUAUAAAAAGCAUCUAGACAUUAUCUCCCAUUUCUUUAAGACUAGCAAUUGGUUUUCAAUAGUCUGUCUCUCUGACAUUUGCAACAUUGUUUCAGUAUUGAAAUUCGAUCUCCAGCUGUCCCAUAGUAAUGAACGUGUCGGGAUGAGACAGACAGACAGGCAGCUUUUCUCAGCCAGUCCAAAUUGUGAAUCAGCAUCAUUUUUAUGGAUGUAUACAAAGAAAUGUCAAUAGAAAACAGGUCAAAUGAAACGAAGUGCAGCUAGUUUGCGGUCUUUCCAGCUUCAGUUUGAAGUGAUUGUGUUCGCUGUGUUGUUGGCUAGCUCCUCUGAACAACAGUGUCCUGACAAGAGAGCACAUAUUCUAUGCCAGGUGAAAUCGCGCCUCAUUAGCUCAUUGUUAUGGAUGUAUCCAAAUAAAUGUCACUAGAAAACAGCUUAAACAAAUGCAAAUGUAGCUACUUUGUUGUUAUUCUGGCUGCACCGUUUGACGUGACUGUAAAUUAGCUAGCUAGCAAUAACUUAGUGAGAAUAACUUUGCCAGCCAGUAUGCCAAUAGAACAUUUAGAACGAACGACUGGGUCGUGUCCAAAGAUACAGAACAAAAAGACUGAAGGACUGGGUCGCGUCUCUGGCAACCGAACCAAUAGAACAAAUGACCAGCCGGCUUGGGUAGCAACCCUAGAUUUGUGUCGGGACUAUAUCUUGUGGAAGGAUGAAAUAGUAUGAAUAAAUUAAUCCAAAUAACGUUUUUAAUGAAAAUAUGUAAAUCAUUAUUUGAAUAUGUUGGUAACCCGUUGUAUAAAAGUGAUAAUGCCGUCAAAGCCGGUGUUUGGAGGACAUAUUUGCACGGUUUUCAAUUUUGUCUCGGGCCUAACAACACUCGUGCCAAUAUAUCCUCCAAACACCGGCUUCUCGGGCAUUAUCACUUAAAUCUAGUUUUAUCCCUUACAUGUUUGACAAGGACAAUAUUAAAAACAGAGGGGCCUGGGUCAGAUUAAGCAUAUGAGGCAUCAUCAGCUGUUUUAUGAAAGGAGGACGUGGUUUUGGUAAUCAUCAGCUGUUUUAUGAAAAGAGGACGUGGUUUUGGUAAUCAUCAGCUGUUUUAUGAAAGGAGGACGUGGUUUUGGUAAUCCUGUUUCAUGCUGCGACGAAAUAAGGCAAAAUGCUGAAGUGAGUGAUCGUGACUCACUAGAUGACAACGACGGAGAAUGCUGGACACUCAAACCACUGCUGUCUGAAGCAGACCUCUCCAGAGCUACACUGCUCCAUUCCAACUCUGUUUCUCUUAAUCUCCUGUGAAUCCACAAUUCCAAUGGUACGAAGACACGUGAACUCUGGCGUCAUAUUUACUAGACAUGAUCUUCCUCCAUAUUAACCUGUAUUGGUUAGUUUCCCCCACUGGUCAGUAUGUACAGUUUGAGUCCAAAUUAAGCUUCUCUAACGCUAGAUGCUUUGGAAAAAAGAAAAGGUGAAAUAUUAAUAAAGCAUUUCUGUUUUCUUUGUCCUUAGAACAUGGGCACUGAAAGUAAUCAGAUGUUUUUUAUUUAAUGAAGCUUUAAUUUUUACUCUUUUUAAAGAUUAUGGUUAUUUAGUGAUAAAAACUGUCAGACCUGUAUUAGUAUGUUUUAAUUUAAUUUUUGCGUAGUAAUGUUAUUUUCUUCAUUUCACUGGAUUUAUUGGUUCACAAAGCCUCUUUUUAAUAGUUAGACCUAUAGCCUCCCCUCCUGUGUCUGUCUGUUUCACACAUUUCUCUUACUGCCUGGCUGUUGUCCUUAGAGAACUCUCCUUUCUCUUCUUCGGCUCUCCCCACCUCCUCCCUCUCUCCCUCACAGCCUCCUCCUCUGCUGUUCCUCCUCUCUCUCCUGUCGACACUUCCUCAUCCCUGUCCACCUCGGGAAGUAGUCCCUGUCUCCCUCCUUCCUCCACCUCCUCUGAGGGGUUAGGGGUGUGCCUGCUGCCCCCGUCCCUCCCGGACCAGGCUUGGGGGGUUCAGGCUCAGGAGGCCUUCCUGCUCUUCUGUCUGGCCGUGGGUGAGUGGUGCCUGUUGUGAUCGCUCUCUCUCUCUCUCUCUCGCUCCGCACCUUGCAUGUGACCUUCUCCCCUCAGACUCACACAUCAACCAACCCCCUACAUACCUACCUACCUUUCUACCCUAACCUGGGAUGUGUUCAGAUCCUCAAAACAAGUGAGCCAUGUGUUCUUCUGACCCCGUUAAAUCCGAUAGGAUGACGGUACAAAUCUGAACAAUAAUGUGAUGAAAAGGUAGAUGUUUUUGUGUUGAUAAGGUACAGUAGAUCAGCUCAAUGUGUAUUUGAUUGAUCAAGUUGUCUCAAAGGUUUUAGUUCCAUAUUUUUGCAAAUAUAAACUUGCACCAUUUUGUAUCUCUUGUUAUUGGCAAAUCUGACCUGAGACUGAUAUAUUUAAUUGGAAACGAGGCGAGAGGUGUCUUUAUAAGAACAAAGGACUCUUUUUGGUACUUUUUAAGCUCAAUGUGUCAAUUAUUGAGUUUCAAUACGAUCUAAUACUAGAACUUUUGCCUGUACAGUGUAUAUAUUUGUGUAUAUAUGGAAUAUACUUUUUUGAAGAUGUUCAUAUAUCCAAACAGACAUUCUGAGGCUACUGUUGGUAGCUACUGAAGUUUUAAUAAAUCCUGAUUUCAAAUGUUUUGAACAUUAGCCUACUGGUUUGUUUAACUGUCAUAAUGCUAACAUGUGCAAACCAAGCUGACUAGGUUACAUUAUACACACACAAACAGGAAAUGUAAGAAGAUAAGCUUCUGAUUUGAUUAAAGUUUAGUCUUGAUGACCUUUUUUUGAAAGAUUAAAAUUGCAAACAUUGAAAAAACGAAUUGACUGAAUGUGAUCUUUUGAAAACAAAUGAAAAGGCCAUCGGAGAACAUUUGCACAAGUCAUUCACCUCACCGCAAAUUAAGUUCUCCCUCAAUCACGAUUGAAUGUUAAACUAUUCUGACGCACAAAAGGAGUACAUGUAUUUGGACUCAAAUCUGCACACUAGAUCCUAGGCAGUAUUUAGAAUGAAGUGGUCCACAGUAAUAUAUGCUAUCGGAUUAGAGUCUGAAAAACUGUAUGGAUUAAGUUCGGAAUGAUGAGUCCUUUCUGCGCUGAGGAUCUGUUCGAAACAGAUCUGUCCGGUAUUUCUAUGAUAGCAGACCCAGGAGUUCAUUUGGGGGGUGAGCGCUUAGAAUUGACGUGCCUCCACAUCAGUUUUAUUGUGAAAAAGCACCCACCUGGUCUACGGAAAUAAAACCUUCAGUAAAACCACAGACUUUAAUUUAUCUAAUUCUAUCGGCUCCCUGUCAUGAUUAUAGAAGGCAACCCUUUGCAAACCAUUUUGGGCUGAAACAUUGUGAACCAGAAUAGUAUGGCAGUACUAUAGCAUCGCUCUAUAGUAAGCGGUUAAGGAGCCUAGCUGGAGAAACAUAGGGCCGGGUUCCUGGACAGAGAUGAAGCUUAGCCCUGGACUAAAAAGCAUGUUCACAAUAGAGACUCUCCAUCCAAGGUCCAUAUGAAGUCCCAUUAUGUUCCUCAGGUCCCAGUGAUCUCCACAUUCACUGGCAGGUGAACGGGGCCCACCUGGAGACGCCCGUCACAGAGUACCGUCACCCCCUGGUCCACGGGGACCCCGAUGGAGAAGUGCUGGUGAGCAGCUGGGUGAGAGAGAGGGCCCUGGUCAAGGACUCCAGCUACCAGUGUGUCGCUGCGUCCAGCGCAGGAAAUGACACGUCUAAAGUGGACCUCAACAUCCUCAGUAGAGGUAGUGAUCAGGGAUGGCUGGGAUAGCUACAUGUUUAUCUUGCUCCCCUCUCUACAUAAGCUCCUGCCUGCAUGAUUGAACGAGUCCUAUGAAUGAGUCCUCGUAUGGCCUGAUGUCAAAUGAUGCAGUAGAUUCUAGAAAAUCAAUGCAAAUCUUAUUAACAAGGACAGGGGUGUAAUCAUUAGAUACGGUUGCAAAAUGUUGCAAAAAAUGAGUUUCUAUUGGACAAAUUCAAGUAGGUCCCUCCCCGUUUCGUUCCAUUUGCUUCCGUUUAAGAAACGUUUUGCAACAGAAUUCGGCGUAAUCAAUACGCCCCCAGGUAAUCCUCGAUUACAAGGGUUGUGUUCAUUAGGGCACACAACGGAAAAUGGUUUGCAAGUCCAGGUGUUAAUUCUUUACCGUUUCAGUACAUUUUCUUUCCGUUUGUUGCCUAAUGAACAUGACCCAAUUCUCUGAAUUCAACUGAUAUUACAGGAGUCAAGUGUCAUACAGUAAGUUUUGUUUUUGAUAAACAGAUGAAGACAGUAUUCCAUCCAGAGAUAUGAGCCAAUGGAGGGGUGCCCUCUCAGAACAUGAAAAACUGCUAAAGAGAUGGAAAAGAGCUUGGGUAGGUUUAUAUUCACUAAGCACAAAAUCAUUGCGAAAGUAGUGAACUUAGAUUGGGGUGUUUUGUGUGUGUCAGAAACUGCAGUGCAACUAAAGAUAUUUGAAUAAAAAAAUGUUUUUAUAAUGUUGGGGAAAAAUACAUUUGAUAAAAGCUUCAUAACGCUGCCUGAGCAUGUGCGUGACAGAUUACAUAACACAUGAUUUAGAAGCCACCCUGAACUCACGCAUGCUUUUUAACUUUGCGUGUCAACUAUUGAUGGCUCUGCAUGUCUGUUUAGGGCUGGGGCCAAGGGGGAGUGGUUUGAACAUUGUGCUCCCCUUAGAACACUGCAGAGGUGAUGAAUUCCAGUGAAUCAGGAAAUGAAAGCCCCAUACUUCUACACAGUUCAACAAUAGUCCACUAUUUAAAACGGCACAAAAAUGUGGUUGUUUCCUGGUUCAACCUUGUAUGUGUCUAGGGCAAGGAUCAUCAACUAGAUUCAGCUGCGGGACAAUUUAUUUAUUGAGCAGAUAGUCAGGGGGCCGGAACAUAAUUACAGAUCAUUUGUAGACUGCAAAAUUGACCUCAAGAAGCCCAAACAGAUAUAAAAUUUGACAAAAACAUAAUCAUUACAAUGUCAAUUUACUUUUAAUCCGGCUGUCUGCAUAUUUCAAGACAUGGCAUAUGAGGGUGCAGUGAGACACCUGAUGUGUUGGAUGAUACUUUUCUCGUCAAUCAUCUUGAAAAAACGUAUACUUAAAAACUGGAAAUCAACCAAUCCUCCGUCGUUAGCACAAUGGAAAGGUCAAAUGCUUUAUCAUCUAAGUGUUGAAAGUGCGUGGGCGACGGCAGUUUGAGGCCAUGUGGCGGAGAGUGACGUGUGCACUGGAGAUGGGGGUGUGGGCAUGUGGGUCUGGGCAGGUGAUGUAGUUAAUGUUUGUUGAAUGUUAAUUUGUAUGUGUAUUUGUAUUGUUUACCAAAAUAAAAUCUUACACACAAAACAUCCCAAAAAAUACAAUAAUUUCAAACCUGCAUUUGUAUACAAUAACAUACAGUUGAAGUCGGAAGUUUACGUACACUUAGGUUGGAGUCAUUAAAACUUGUUUUUCAACCACUCCACAAAUUUCUUGUUAACAAACUAAAGUUUUGGCAAGUCGGUUAGGACAUCUACUUUGUGCAUGACACAAGUGAUUUUUCCAACAAUUGUUUACAGACAGAUUAUUUCACUUAUAAUUCACUGUAUCACAAUUCCAGUGGGUCAGAAGUUUACAUACAAUAAGUUGACUGUGCCUUUAAACAGCUUGGAAAAUUCCAGAAAAUGAUGUCUUGGCUUUAGAAGCUUCUGAUAAGCUAAUUGACAUCAUUUUGAGUCAAUUGGAGGUGUACCUGUCGAUGUAUUUCGAGGCCUACCUUCAAAAUCAGUGCCUCUUUGCUUGACAUUAUGGGGAAAUCAUCCAAGACCUCAGAAACACAAUUGUAGACAUCCACAAGUCUGGUUCAUCCUUGGGAACAAUUUCCAAACGCCUGAAGGUACCACGUUCAUCUGUACAAACAAUAGUAUGCAAGUAUAAACACCAUGGGACCACGCAGCCAUCAUACCGCUCAGGAAGGAGACUUGUUCUGUCUCCUAGAGAUGAACGUACUUUGUUGCGAAAAGUGCAAAUCAAUCCCAGAACAACAGCAAAGGACCUUGUGAAGAUGCUGGAGGAAACAGGUACAAAAGUAUCUAUAUCCACAGUAAAACGAGUCCUAUAUCGACAUAACCUGAAAGGCCGCUCAGCAAGGAAGAAGCCACUGCUCCAAAACCGCCAUAAAAAAGCCAGAUCGUACUUUUUGGAAAAAUGUCCUCUGGUCUGAUGAAACAAAAAUAGAACUGUUUGGCCAUAAUGACCAUCGUUAUGUUUGGAGGAAAAAGGGGGUAGAUUGCAAGCCAAAGAACACCAUACCAACCGUGAAGCACGGGGGUGGCAGCAUUAUGCUGUGGGGGUGCUUUGCUGCAGGAGGGACUGGUGCACUUCCCAAAAUAGAUGGCAUCAUGAGGAAGGAAAAUAAUGUGGAUAUAUAUAUAUAUAUAUAUAUAUAUAUAUAUAUUGAAGCAACAUCUCAAGACAUCAGUCAGGAAGUUAAAGCUUGGUCGCAAAUGGGUCUUCCAAAUGGACAAUGACCCCAAGCAUACUUCCAAAGUUGUGGCAAAAUGGCUUAAGGACAACAAAGUCAAGGUAUUGGAGUGGCCAUCACAAAGCCCUGACAUCAAUCCUAUAGAACAUUUGUGGACAGAACUGAAAAAGCAUGUGCGAGCAAGGACGCCUACAAACUGACUCAGUUACACCAGCUCUGUCAGGAGGAAUGGGCCAAAAUUCACCCAAUUUAUUGUGGGAAGCUUGUGGAAGGCUACCCGAAACGUUUGACCCAAGUUAAACAAUUUAAAGGCAAUGCUACCAAAUACUAAUUGAGUGUAUGUAAACUUCUGACCCACUGGGAAUGUGAUGAAAGAAAUAAAAGCUGAAAUAAAUCAUUCUCUCUACUAUAAUUUGGACAUUUCACAUUCAUAAAAUAAAGUGUUGAUCCUAACUGACCUAUGACAGGGAAUUUCUACUAGGAUUAAAUGUCAGGAAUUGUGAAAAACUGAGUUUAAAUGUAUUUGGCUAAGGUGUACGUAAACUGUAUCUCUCUCUCUCUAUUAUGAGUGGGAAUACUUUGCAACAGAUUUCCAAAAUUAAAAUCACUUGGAGUGGAUUUGCUGGUGUUUUUAAAGUAUUUUAUGUCCAACAAACAAAAUGACUUUGAUUGUUUUGUUGGACAUAAAAGACUGUAAAAAAACCAACAAAUCAGCUCCAAGUGAUUUUAAUUUAGGAAAUCUUCUACUGCAGUAGACCCUUCUACAUUAGAUAAAGAAGGAGUUGGGGAACCCUGGUCUAGGGGUUGUGUUCAAAACAAGAAUUACCUUACUACCUGGCUAGGGUUUACUGACUGGUAGUAACACCUUCAACAUUCCUGACCAAAGUCCAAAACAUUUUGAAGUGCAGUCUGUCUUUCGUAACAACUGACCUAACUGUGGGCUUGAUUACACUUUAACACACUAUUUGUUUUACAUUGUCCAAUUCCUCCACCUGUUGUAGCUUCCUAGCGGCAGAAGGUAACAAGUGUAAGGUAUUACUGAUCUGCAUUCUCUACAGUAUGUAUCUCUCCUCCAAUAGGAAAGCUGUGAGGGUCAAGGUGCUCUCUGAGGUCACCUAAGCUCCACUGUAAUUGGCUCUUAAGCCAGGCUUCAGCCCAGGUGACCCUACCUGACCUUGGUCCAAAAAUGUCACAUUAUGACAUGUGACAUGGCGCUAUUCUCGCCGUUGGACGCCUGAAGCAAGGCUUCAACCUCCGGCUUCGGUUCUGCAGUGUUCACAUGUUGUGGCGCAUCAAAGAUAUCCUAUAAUGUUACAGGCCCUUCAUACAGGCUUUAGCAUAGGCCUUAGUCUUCCCCCUUACUGACUGACUGACUGAAUGGGACUGGGCAGAUCAGUUGACUGAUUCCCAGUGAAAGCAGAAGAAUCUCUGUGACUGAGCGGCGGCAUGCAGUGUCAGAUAUCUCCACAGUGUCAGAUAUCUUCACUCAGUGAUCGGACUUUCUUUUUCUACUGUGUUAGCAGUGUCCAUUUUGUCUUUCUUUC